AUGGCCGAUUGGGAAGCUUUGUUUGCCCAGGCCUCCGACAUUCCAACGUCAAACUCAUCGUCCUCAAAAAAUGGAUCUACAAAAAGGCCAACCAAUGGAGAAGCUGACAGCACUCCGAACGACGAUCAGGGUGAGGGCCGACAAACGACAAAGAACAAGAAGAAAUCCAGAAAGAAGCGCAAACUGCAACGAGCCUCUGGGAGUAAUGGUUCCUCAUCUAACCUUGCUUACCAGAGAAUGCUAAACAGUCGUCUAGACCCCUCACCAGAACUCAAUACACCUUGGUUUUCUUGGAUGACACUUGAACAAUCCUUCCUUAACGGAAACAGCAUCAGCUAUGAUAUGGAGCAACCAGAUGGAUCCUCGUCGAUUGAUUCCAAGAUUCAGCCUUCCAAGUUGAAAGAGUCUCCCAUAACUUAUAGAUUGACACUGGCCCAAGAACAACAGCAUUCGCAACAAGAAUCUUGGCAUCUAAGGUUGUUUUGUCACAGUCGGAACCUGAGGUGUUGUGCCAAACUGCUUGCCCAAUGGGAUGCGGAUGGAGACACGAGUUUAGGUGACUCCUCUACGGAGGAUGACACAGGAAGAACAAAUCGCGAAGGUACUGGCAAACAGCAGAAGCAAAGAUUUCGGCAAAGGCAGCAACAUCAGAAAUCACUCUUUCGGAGUCUACAAAGUGAGGCGAACGAGAUCCAGGACAUGGUCCAAUCCUUUCUGAAAUAUUUGCCCAGUGACGAGGCCAACUUGCUAAUCUCCAAAGUAUCCGAUAUGACGGGGCUGGUAGAGAAACUGUUACACCAGCGAAAGCGAGAACGGAAGCAGUCAGACUUAGGCGAUACCAGGAAGAACAAGGACAACCAUAGAGUGGUGGAUAUUUCUGUUGCAGCAGAACUACCAUGGAGUUGGGAACCAUGCAUUCGUAUCAUCAUGGCAUGUGAUGCUCUCUAUUAUCGACUUUACUACCAGCAGCUGGCAGGUAUGAUCCUUGAUUCCAAACACGGAGGCGCGGACGAGGCAUGGUACAUUCCACACCCCCAAUUCUAUUUUGGGUUGGAAGGUCUCACCAAGCAAUCCAAAGACUACUCCCGACGUGCAAAAGGAACUCGAGACAAAAGCAAAUCGGUCCAACUUUUGCACAACGCUCAAGAACUGAAGGACUCUUCUCCAGAGCUCCAAACUCUGGUGGAUCACUUGAUGGUCGGGCAGCAGACUAAGUCGCAAGACCCAGCAAACCAUGUUUUGGAGGCCAUUCAUCGCUAUCGAUUCAAAGAAACAAUGUCGUUAUUUCAGGAUAGAAGCUGGGCAUCCGCUGGAAGAACUCUAUCUCAAUGGAAAAAGUCCUUGUCUCUACCUGUAUAUCCGGACAGCAAGCAUGAGACUCCAGCGCCUCAGCUGUUGAUGGAGUGGAGAGAUUCUUGUCGCGACUUUUUGUGCCAUUUGUAUGCCUAUGCUACUGUUAGCUCCAAGGCAAUACGGCAGUUGUUUCAUUUGCUCGCCCAACUUCAAAAAGAAGAAUCGAUGGAUCUGUCAAGGGGAAUUGUGGAGAUUGGUGCCGGUACAGGGUACCUUGCUGAGAUACUACGGACACAAGGGAUUGCAGUCGAGGCUUGGGACAUUCAACCAACCGGCAUCAGUACCACUAGUGGCAGUCGCAGUGGAAUGAAUGAAUAUCACGGCCAUGUCCCUUCUUUUUGCGAUGUCCGAAAGGGAUCUACUUUUCCAUCCACUAGUCAUGCCAGCAAAUCGGCGCUUUUGCUGUGCUAUCCACCACCAGAGUCUCCAAUGGCCUUCAAUACACUCUCUGCCUAUCGUAAGGCAGGAGGCAAGUGUCUAAUACACAUUGGGGAGUUCAAGGGACUUACUGGUGAUUCCAAAUUUGAAGGAGCUGUGCGGAAGGGAGACAUGCAUUGUGUCGCAAGAUAUCCUUGCCUGGGAUGGGGGACUGAUGCAGCCUACGUCACCGUUUGGAUCAUAAAAGGCUCUAAACCAAAGAUGUUGACCUCUGCCUCAGUACUGUUGCCAUGUUCCAACUUAAACUGCACCAAAGAAUCAAAGCACAGGUUUCGCCCUUUGCGCCAAGCUGUGUAUUGCAACCAGAACUGUUACGACCAACAUAUUCCUGUGAGAAAGUGUCUUCUCUCGCUAUUCAACGUCCAUGCAGAUCCAAACCUUACUAGCAUUUGCUUCUCAAAAGCAUUUGCUCCGUUGUAA